GGGGUAGAGCUCAGCAAUCUGUGUUUUAACCAGCCGUUCAGCCUCAAAUUCGUUUCGGAAUGAAGCAGUGUAAUAAUUGAAUGAAUUGAACUGAAUGUGCUUCUUCUGUGUAAAAAGUGGAUAGUGGCUUACAUGUCACGGAAUGGCACAGUCACGUUCUAGAUCCCCCAGGUGGAAAUACAGGUAUUUAUCACCAAUACCUAGAAAGUCUGAAUACUACAAGCAAAGAUAUUCUCAUGAGUAUUAUGGCUCUGACUAUAGGAAGGAUUCGAAAAGAUCCCCUUGGAGAAUGUACAAUAGGGAACAUGGACAGAGUAAACCAAGGAUUCCUUCUCAUGGACAUACACAUUAUCGAUGUUAUGAACAUAGAUCACCUUCUCCAAACAUAAGAAGAAGCUCUUUAGACUAUUUCUAUUCUUAUAAGCCUUACCAAGUAUAUUCACCAGAAAGAAGGGACGGUAACAGAAGAUCUCAUUAUAUGCCCAGAUACUCAGAAAAUGUACACUACCAAGAGUAUCGGUGUGAUUGUUACCCUCAGCAAAUGCAAGGAAGGUAUAUUCAUGAUGACCACAGAGUUAGAAGAAGUGGAAAAGGAGGGGAAUCACCUCAGAGGUCAAUAGCAGAUUAUUUUAGAUUCGAAGGAAAGUGGCUUGAAGAUGAGUUGAGUUACCAGAGGAUACAAGAUGAAAAAUAUUCUCAGUCAUUUAGAAGAAUCUCUGAAGAUUUUGAGAAAAGGAGCUCUUUUCACACGAGGUAUACCGAGGAUCGUGAAUAUGGAAAACAUGGACACACAUCAAAAAGAUCUCCCUCCGUGGAGAGGUAUGAAGACAGAAAGUCUUUCAGAAAACCAGAGUGGAAGUCCAGGCAUUCCCUCCGACCUUAUGAUAGACAGCACACUUCUCGACAUGUUCACAAGAAAUCCUCAGAGACCAGUUCAGCAACCAAGAUAUCCGGUGACUAUCGCCACAAACGUUCUAAGACCUCAGAUGGAAAGCAGGAUUUUUCCAGUGAAAGAACUCAGAAAUACUCUAAGGGGGAAGACAGAAAACACACUUCUCAAAGUGACCCUGUGCAUCGGGAGUCCAGUUUUAAUGCUGGAAGAGAGAGAGAGACUGAAGAUGGGCAAGGCAAAGAACCUUCUCAACCAUCUAAGAAAGACGGCUCUGCCUCUACUCACUCACAUAAAAGUGAUGAUGGUUCGAGACCCAGUGAUGACAAACGGGAGAAGAAAAUAAAGAAUGAAGGGGAUGGCAAAAAGGAGACCAGCUCUCCUGGUACCCCCCUGGAAGAAAAUAAACUUUCGACUUUUCUCAAGAAGAAAUCACUUAUAGUUAAAGUAGAUGUGAAGAAAGUAGUAAAUACAUCCAGGGUUGCUGCUUCUAGCAAGACAGAGAGACAGAUGUCACAUGAUUUGGUUGCUGCUGGCAAGAAAAGUGAGACCUUCCAUCCAGUGUUUGAACAUCUUAACUCAACUCCUAAUACUGAAAACAAAACUACAGGAGAAUUUGCUCACGAAAUCGUAACUGUAAUCCAUCAAAUUAAAGCAAAUUAUUUUCCAUCACCUAACAUUACUUUACAUGAGCGUUUCUCAAAACUACAAGAUACACAAGCUGCACCUGCAAAUGAAACGAAACCGAAUCCAGAUCCAGAAAUUCACAGGAGAAUAGAUAUGUCUUUGGCCGACCUUCAGAACAGACAAAAUGUGGUAUGUGGUUCAGAACAGACUCUGGUCAAAGUAAUAGAUCCAAAUGACCUACGACAUGACAUUGAAAGAAGGAGAAAAGAACGGUUACAGAAUGAAGAUGAGCACAUUUUUCACAUAGAUAGUGCUGCAGAGAGGAAUGAUCAGCCUUCCAGUUUUUCAUCUCACAUUGAGGAUUUCCAAAAAUCUGAAUGUAUUAUAAAGUCAACUUCUCAAAAAUUUAUUCAGAAACCUUACAUGUUCAGCUUUAGAGGUGGCAGAUUCCAGUCCCAUUGUAAAUCAGGCCUAGUACAGAAGAGCUUGUACAUUCAGGCCAAAUAUCAGCGUUUACGGUUUGCUGGUUCAAGGGGAUUUAUCACUGAUAAAUUCAGAGAAAGAUUACUGAGGAACAAAAAGUUUUAAUAACGUAAGAUCCCAGUACAAGGAAUAUACAAACAUCACCACAACAGUCUCAUGGAGAAUUGUUUCCAACGAAAUCAACACUACAGGACGAUCUUUGAGAGCAUCUCUGUCAGGAGUUAGAAUUGGCACUAAAGCACUAAUACUGUAACUUUCUUGAUAAAAUAACUUUAUUUUUCUGUAGUGGAAUGUUGCAACUUUUUUACACUUACUUGCUUUUAAAUUAUAGUAUUCAACUGAAAAGCUGUAUUAACUACAGUUUCUCUUGCAGAAAGUCUCAAAAGGGCAUUAUUUGUUGAAUUUUUCUCUGAGCAUGUUUUCAUAGGGAACUUAACUGAGUUAUAUUGAAACGUUUAUAUGUUGAAAGUUUUGCUUAUGUAAUAAAAAACAAAAGUAUCUGAAUUGUAUAGUGUCUGUACAUGAAAGAACUUGAAACAGUGGCCUUAUGGUAGCAAAUUUUAUACCAGAUUUUUCUUUUUCUGAUGGCAUUUUGGCUUAUAACUUGAAGUUUUCUUAAGUUUCUGAAGUUCAAGGCCUAUAAUUCAUACAUUUCAUAUUAUAAUAUAAGAAGGCGAGAGAAAAGGUGCUUCCAAAUAUUCCAUCAGGUAGUUAUGAGUGCACUGAAUUUUUAGUAAUUGGUUCAUUCAGUUUUUUCCACAACUGUUUGCUCUUUUCAAGUUUUAAAAUGCUAUUGUGGAAAAUAUGUGAAGAUUUUGUAAUCUAUAUUCCAUCUUACUUUCCCUCAGGGCAAGCUUGUGCAUAUCAUAUUUUUAAAGGCUCUUAAAAAUUUGACAAAAGUCUCAUUUUUGGAAAUUGUACUUUACUACUACAGCGUUACACAUUUUGCAAGCACAUA